AUGGCAAAUAAGGGAAAAGGAAGCAAUAAACUAAAGAGAAAGAGAGGCAAGAAAUUCAGAUUUUUCGAUGGAGAAAAUCAACCUGAAGGUGGUAAACCCAAGCAAACUGUAGAGAACCCUUUCGAGGAGCAUUCUACAUCUAAAAAGGCAAGAUCUUAAUUGAUUGAGGAAUUCUAGACAAGAGGGAAAAAUAAUGUAUUCAUUGACAAGAGAAUAGGUGCUACCUCAUCAAAGAUUUCAGAGGAAGAUAAGAUGAGGCUUAGAUAUCUUAGGGAGUAGAGAGAUCAACUUAAGCAGACAAAAGUCUCAAAGAAAAGAGCAAAGUAUAAUCUUGAAUAGUUCAAUUCUGAAGAUGAUGAAGAAAUGUUUAUGGGUUUCACUCACGGAGGUAGAAAACUUGAAGAGGCUGAUGAUUUCUAGGAUUAGAUUCCUGAAUCAAGUGACGAUGAAGGUUAUGACAAUGAUACCAGAUAAGGAAAUUUAGAUGAAUAGAUGGUAACCAGAAUGAAUUUCGGAGGCGGAGUGCAGAAAGAAGAUAAAGAAGGCAAAAAGAGUAGGAAAGAGAUUUAUGAGGAGAUUAUCAAUAAAUCAAAGGCAUAUAAAAUGGUUAAAAGUGAAAUAAAAAUGGCAACUUAAGAUCUUUCUCACAAACUAGACAGUGAAUAUCAGGAUUUGCUUCCAUUACUCAAUCUAAGCAAAAACAAGUAGUCAUAGGCUACCUUAGUUGAGACUAAACUUGAUAAGUCUUAUGAAAAGAUAGCUCAUUUGCUAGUUGAUGAGAAAAGAGCAGCUCCCUCUCAGGUAUUACUUACUGAUAAAGAAUAAGCCAAAUAAAAGAAGGCAAAGCUUUAAAAGCUUGCAGAAUAAAAUGGUGAUAAUGAUUAAAAUGAAGAAAAGGGAGGCAUGAAGAAGCGCGAAAUGAAGGAGCUUGACAAAAGAGAGAAAGCAAUUUAGAGAAUACAAAAAGAUGCUAUCUAGAAAUAUAAAAAUGAUAUUAAGUCAAGUAUAGUUGAGGAUAAGGUCAAAGAACAAAUUAAGAAAGUUUAAUAGCUGAAGAAAGGCAAAUAAGUAGAAAUAGAUUCAGAUUUGGCAUCAGAGGAUGACGAUGAAGAAGAAGAUUAUGAUGAAGAGGAUGAAGAAGAAGAAGAUGAGGGCUCUGAAAAUGAAGAAGAUGGUGAUGAAGAUGAUGAAGAUUAGGAAUAUGGCUCAGAAGUUGAUAGUGAGGAUGCUUGA